AGCAAUCUAAGCCUCGACUCCAUUCCGAUGGGCUUGCCAAUGUCUGACCCGACUGCCUGGGCCACAGCGAUGAACAAUCUCGGGAUGGCUCCCAUGGGGAUGACGGGACAGCCCCUCCUGCCCGAUUUUGAUCCUGCUCUUGGGAUGAUGACCGGAAUCCCUCCCAUCAACCCCAUGAUGCCAGGCCUGGGCAUCGUCCCACCUCCCAUCCCUCCGGACAUGCCUGCUGUGAAGGAGAUCAUUCACUGCAAAAGCUGCACUCUCUUCCCACCUAACCCACAUCUUCCCCCUCCGGCAACAAGAGAGAGGCCCCCGGGGUGUAAGACGGUGUUUGUGGGAGGGCUGCCGGAGAACGGGACCGAGCAGAUCAUUAUGGAGGUGUUUGAGCAGUGCGGGGAGGUCAUAGCUAUUCGAAAGAGUAAGAAGAACUUCUGCCAUAUCCGCUUCGCCGAGGAGUUCAUGGUGGACAAGGCGCUUUAUCUCUCAGGCUAUCGCAUCAGGCUGGGCUCCAGCACGGACAAGAAGGACACGGGGCGCCUGCACGUGGAUUUUGCUCAGGCACGGGACGACCUGUACGAGUGGGAGUGCAAGCAGCGCAUGCUGGCCAGGGAGGAGCGCCAAAAAAAAACGCCCUCCCCGCCGCCCGUCGUCCAUUACUCCGACCACGAGUGCAGCGUCGUCGCCGAGAAGCUGAAAGAUGACACAAAGUUCUUGGAAGCCAUCCAGACCUUGCUGACCUGGAUAGAGCGUGGGGAGGUGAACAGGAGGACCGCCAACAACUUCUACUCCAUGAUCCAGUCGGCCAACAGCCACAUCCGCAGGCUGGUCAACGAGAAGGCGGCUCAUGAGAAAGAGAUGGAAGAAGCUAAAGAGAAAUUCAAACUCGCGCUCUCGGGGAUUCUGGUUCAGUUCGAGCAGAUAGUGGCCGUGUACCAUUCUGCCUCCAAACAAAAGGCUUGGGACCAUUUCACGAAAGCUCAGCGUAAGAACAUCAGCGUGUGGUGCAAACAAGCAGAGGUUGGUACAUUUUUAUUGUGUUAG